GAGCAUGUCAUACUGCUUCGGUGUAAGUACAGCAACGACGAAACGAUGUGCUUAAUCGUGGCGUCGUUCGUAGAUUCGAAUUAGUUCUCUGCGCGUACAUGACCAGUUUAGUGAGCCACUCAUUGUUUUGAUUAGGUUUCUUGUUGGAAAGGUAACGCCCAACGAUCUCAGCAUAAUUUCUGCCAUCAGAAGUAGUGACUCAAUAUGAACGAGUACGACAGUGAAAGGCGUCUAGCGUACCUGUAUCCCCUUAUCGGUGCGUUAUCAUUUAUCUGCUGCAUAUCAACGGCCGUAGCAUGGCACCAUUGGCAGUACGUGCUAGACACUUGUGUUGAAACCAACUGCGGGUGCAUUCUGAAUGGCCUAUCGACGCCAACGUUCUUCACGGGAGGCCACAUUGCGUACUGCCAUUGGGCAACCUAUGGACUGGUUUUGCCCAUCAUCUUUUGCUUCAUUUUCGGCAUAUUUCACCUCUUUCGAGUAUGCUGUGGCAGACCGAGGGGACACACUUCUACGGCUACGGUCCGACAAAGAUCUGGCGAUGUAGUCGUUAUGACCACCAAGACCGACGUGACGGACGAUGAUGAUAUCAGCCCAUACUACUGGAUCCCGGUGAGCAUCAUUGGUAGCUUCAUGGCCCUGUUCACGUUGGUCCACGCGGCUAUGUACCUGGACGGAUUCCUCUACAGUUGCAAGCAGUAUCGCAACGAGUUGAUCAAGUAUAUGCAAGCCAGUGGACAAUUGGUGGCUGCCAUCCAGGGAAGACUGUCCUGUGCCUCGGUAUUCGACUUCAUGGACUAUCUCCAUCAGGACGUCUCGUGGGACAGACGCCGUGAGGGAAGAAUCAAUACAUCGGCCGCGCUCAUCAUUGGUAUCAUCUGCUCGUGGACUUGUAUUGCUCUUUGGAUCUGGACGGUGGUCAUUGCUGCCCAACGGGCUAGGGCUAGCCGUAGAGUUCGCGUCUGAAGUUACCAUGCACAACGAGUAUCAGCUUUCUCAUGAUGUUUGCCAUUUUUGAAUCGAUUAUAAAACACAGCACAACUGAGUAUUACUUAAGAACAUUACAAAUUUUAUAUGACAUAUGUGUUCAUUUUAAUUGGCCUACAAUUUGUCAGGGAAACAUGUGCCUUUCAAACGUUUUACAAAUCAAACAGAUAUUUUUUGCAAUUAUUAAAAGUUUACACACAUUCCUCAAUAGAUUGUCAUUUUAUCAACCUUAUGUUUACCAUCUAAUGACUAAGUUUUAGUUUUUAAGAGAAACAAAUAAAUAUAAGAUUUUA